UUCCUUUACUGAUCUGAGUGAUCUCUACCAUGCAGUGGUAUAGCUGAAGGGAUAGCAUGUGAGUGAAGAGCAGUCAGUAUGACAUCUGAAUGCCAUUAACUACAGACAAUGGCUCAUGAAUUUUCCAGUAGCUUCCUGCAGUUGUUGAAUGGGAUGUAUUGAUAACAGAUGAAUAAGAAUCUGUAGUCAGUGCUUGGGCAGCAGAGGAGAAAUUGAUCAUCGCUGGAUCGCAUGAAGUUCAAGAGUACUUUGCAUUUCAAUCCAGAAGCAGCUGACUUCAUUCCAAGAGAGAGACAGACUUCUGAUCGAAAUUGGAGAAAUCAAGGUAGACUGGAAUCUAACAGGAACCGGAACAGAAAUAAUUUACCAUCUCCAAGUCAAUCUUCUGAUAGAGGCACUGAUUAUGAAAGCUCUUCUACAAAGCAACAGGACUUUUAUAGUCCAGAGACUCAGUGUAGGAGCCAACAAGAUUUUCCUCAGUUUGCUAGUACCAGUAAAAGUCACAAGAAUCAUAGUUUCCAAAACCAGCGAUGGCAUAGAUCAAGAAGUGAUAGGACAUAUACUAGAAAUCGGGUGAGGCAAGCACCAACUGAUGGCACAGCAGACCCAACAAUUUUAGAUACUACAGUGGUUCCGGGGAGGAGAACACUUCCUAGAGAAUACAAUGACUUUUGUUCUUCAGAUAGUGACAAAGAGGUACCUAAUGCAGAUAACAGAGGAGCAAAGCCAAAGAAAACACAUUUGAUGCAUGCGUCGGGAAGAGGGUACAGAGAGAAGGCAAAGCACUCACAUGAUCGAGAUAGGAGGGUGACCUCUAAACAGAAGGAUAUGACAUUUCAAAAUGUCCCACCUUUGGACCUGACUCAGUCUGAUUCCUCAGAGGCAUCUGUUGGAAAACCAUUUUAUGAUGGAUGUGCUGGGAGUGGUGAUGAACAGAAAAGAUACACGUUUGCAAACAAAAAAUAUCCUAGGAAGUCUACGUGGAAUAAACCCCAGCCAGAUAAAGACCUUCAGAAAAGGCAAGAUACACACCGUUGCAAAAAUGUAAAAGUAAAGAAGUCUUCUGUGACUCACACUCCAAGAGAUAAAAUUAGUGAGAGGAAAAAAGAAUUAUCUCACACUGGUGAUCACAACUCAACCAGCGUAACACAGACGCACCAGCCAACUGACUCAGUCAAACGCAGUGGAAGAAAGCUCCCCUUACAGGAGGGACAUGUAUCCUCUCUUCAUUUCAGCAAGAUGCAGUAUUGGAAGAAGCAAAGUGAUGUGCCCAAGAACAAGGAAACUCAUACAGGGUCUCUGAUAGAGCAGUUGACCACAGAGAAAUAUGAGUGCAUGGUAUGCUGUGAGGUGGUUCGAAUAAUAGCCCCAGUGUGGAGUUGUCAAAAUUGUUAUCAUGUGUUCCAUCUGAACUGCAUUAAGAAGUGGGCAAGAUCACCAGCCUCUCAAGCUGAAGAUGGCAAUAGUGGUUGGAGAUGUCCUGCUUGUCAAAAUGCUUCAACCAGAGUUCCUGCUACUUAUACGUGUUUUUGUGGUAAAGUAAACAACCCUGAAUGGAACAGAAAUGAAAUUCCACAUAGCUGUGGAGAACUUUGUGGAAAGAGAAGACCAGGUCAGGACUGUCCACAUCUUUGUAAUAUCCUCUGCCAUCCAGGGCCUUGCCCCUCGUGCCCUGCCUUUAUGACAAAAAUGUGUGAAUGCAGACGAACGAGUCACUCAGUGCGCUGUGGCCAGUCCACCACAAUUCAUUGUUCAAAUGUAUGUGGGAAUACGUUAAAUUGUCGUAAACAUAACUGUACUCAGGUGUGCCAUGCAGGAGAAUGUCCGCCUUGCCAACUAACGAUACAACAAGUGUGUUACUGUGGGAGCAGCUUUCGAGAUGUGUUGUGUGGAACGAAUGAAGAGUUCUCUGAUGGAUUUGGGAACUUCUCCUGUCAGAAGAUGUGUGGCAGAAAAUUAAACUGUGGGAGACACAGCUGCGUACAAGUGUGCCAUCCUCAGCCCUGCCAGAUUUGUCCACGACUUCCACAAGCAGUGCACUGCUGCCCUUGUGGGCAGACUCCUCUUAGCAAAUUACUUGAGCUAGGAUGCAUUGAACGGAAAGUAUGCACAGAUCCCAUCCCUUCAUGUGGAAAGACAUGUGGCAAACCUCUUUCUUGUGGUAACUAUGAUUUCAUUCAUACAUGUGAGCACCUCUGCCAUGAAGGUGAAUGUGGACCGUGCUCUCGCACAUCAACUGUUUACUGUCGGUGUGGCUUCAAAACAAAGGAAGUUCCAUGUGCCCUCCUCAAAAAUAAAGCUGCCAUUACGUUCAUGUGUGACAAGCGAUGUAACAAGAAGCGGUCAUGUGGACGACACAAGUGUAAUGAGAUUUGCUGUGUGGACAAAGAACAUAAGUGUUCCUUGGUCUGUGGACGCAAACUUAAUUGUGGCCUUCACAGAUGUGAAGAACCUUGUCACCGUGGCAACUGUCAAACAUGCUGGCAGACAAGUUUUGAUGAGCUGACUUGUUACUGUGGUGAAUCUGUGAUUUAUCCCCCUGUUCCUUGUGGUACACAGCCACCAGAGUGUAAAAAUCCAUGUACCAGACCACAUGAGUGUGAUCAUCCAGUGUACCAUUCCUGCCAUAGUGAGGAGAAGUGCCCACCCUGUACGUACCUCACUCAAAAAUGGUGCAUGGGCAAACAUGAACUGCGGCAUAAUAUUCCUUGUCAUCUCACAGACAUUUCCUGUGGUCUUCGCUGCAGUCAAGUGUUAAAAUGUGGAAUGCACAAAUGUAAAAGGAUCUGUCACAAAGGGGAUUGCCUCAUAGAUGAAGAAUGCAAACAGCCAUGCACUAUUCCAAGAGUGUAUUGUAAUCAUCCCUGUAUGGCUCCGUGUCAUCCAUCUUUACCUUGUCCUACAACUUCUUGCAACACAAAGGUUGAUCUUCAAUGUGAGUGCGGAAGAAGAAAAGAGAGUAUGAUUUGCUCAGAGGCAUCCAGUACAUAUCAAAGGACCUUCCAUGUCAGUCUGACAAAGGGGCCAAGAAAGAAAAUUCACAAAAUAGCUGCUAUAUCCAUAGCCACUAAAUUAACAGACCUGCAACUUGGAGACUCAGUGGAAAUCAGUAGAUUGGUUACCAAAAAAGAAAUGAAGCAAGCCAGGUUGCAAUGUGAUGAAGAAUGUUUGGCCCUUGAAAGGAACAGGCGACUUGCUGAGGCUCUUCAAAUUGAUGAUAAUUCUGACCCUUUUAAUGUCCGUUCUUCUGGACCAAAGUACAGUGAGAUUCUAAAAGAAGAUGCAAGGAAGGAUUUAAAAUUUGUCAGUGAUAUUGAGAAGGAAAUGAGAGCGCUUGUGGAUGCUGUAAAUAAGGGAAAGCAUACAAAAAAGAGCCACUGUUACCCACCCAUGAACAGAGAUCAUCGCAGGAUCAUCCACGAGCUAGCUCAGAUCUAUGGCAUUGAAAGUGUGAGCUAUGACAACGAACCGAAACGCAAUGUUGUUAUCACUGCGGUGAAGGGGAAGUCAGUUUGUCCAAGUAAUUCCCUAACAUCUGUCCUAGAUAAGGAAAUGCAGACAAGGGCUCCACCACCUAUUCCUCACUACAGACAAACAGAGAAGAGUAAUGGAAACAGUGGAUUACAGAAAGGAUUGAAAGAGGAGCCAGUGAUUGACUAUUUCGAUGUACAGGACUGAAAUGUUUGAUGUGAAAUUGUUUGAGCAGAGUGGAGCUGAAGAUUCUGAUUUAUAGUGCAAGGCACUUUGUCCAAUAAUCCAGUGGUUAUAUAAAAUGUUUUGAAAAUGUAACACAAUAAAAAGCAAUGUUUAGUGAAGAGGGUGAGUAACAUAAGACAAACUAAGUAAAAUUUGAGCCUGAAAUAUUGCAAGGUAAGCCAGAUUCAGAUGGUUGUGUGCAGGUCUCAUUGAAUGCACCGAGUGUUGUGUGCCUCAAGUCAAACUACAGGUAGGCCUGUGCUACAGACUGUAGUCUUUUGGUAACAUCAGUGUGCCUGGAGCUCUGUGCUGCAGCCUACCUGCUUCAGGUACCCAAGCUAGCUUGUUUAAAGCUAGCUUUGGUAUCUUUUCACUACACUCCUACUUUCAGUGUAGACACCCUGUGGCUCAACCAUGAAUGGUGUGAAGAUUAUAAACAGUCAAAAUGAUAUUUUAAAAUGUUCUGCAGACAUAUAGCUUACGCAAAAACGUGGGUAACGGCUGAAAGUGUUGGUGCAUAUAUACUUUGAGCUAGUAUAUUUUUCAUCUCAGCAUGGAAUCAGAAUAAUCUAGACAAUGUGAAACUGCAUAUCCAUUAUUUUUAGAAAGAGCACAUAAUUACAUUGAUGAUACUGGGUCAUGAUGGCAAUAAACAUUCCAAAGAUUCCUCUCUGGGAACCAGUUGUAUAACUAAAAAUGGACCAUUGCACCAGAAACAACUAUAUAUUAAUAUUAAUGGAUAUGUUUUCAGAAUGUUUUCAUGUUGUUUUAGUCAUUCAUUUCUACUUACACACAUCACAUAAAAUGUGAGAGCAAUGAGUCUGAGUUAUUCUCAUACUGAAGGAGACUAAAAUGUAGUUGAACUCUACACUGCAUAAUUGCACUUACAUACAAAGGGAUAUGCCACUGAGGAGCACAUUAUUUUCACUGGGUAUUUGAGAUAGUUGGGUUUUUUUCUGGUUUGGUUUUUAGUGAAUCCAGUUUUUACUUUUUUAAUUUGAGUUCAGAAACAUAAUGGAUUGAAUUAUUUUAUUUGAGCUCUUGAAUGAUCAGAAACCCAAGUAUAGGUUUGGUGUUCACUGAGAUGAAAUUGUGUGUUUAGGGCUGUUGUUUUAAUGGUCCCCUAACUGCUGUAUGUAUGGCUUUACUGGAGCUUUAUACACCUUUCCUCUCCUGCACAAGCUAAAAGCAUCAGUAUCUGCUAGGUUUAUGUUGGAGUAUGCUUUGAGUUUGUAGUGACAUUUACAAAUAUGAGAAAGUUUGUCUUAAAUUCCUGAAAGUAAAAGUACUUUGGUAUACUGGAAAUUAUAUAUAGAUUUUAAAUGAUGCAGUUCCCCAAACAGUCUUUUAGACAUCAAAUUGCUUCAAGUUGAUGGUUGUCCUAUUGAGGAAGGAACCGUCCUUGGGAAGGUUCAGCUCAUGUAAAGCUUUCAUAUCUCCAUUGGUUUCAGUUGAACUGCAGUAGUUUACAGAAUGCAAGGAUUUGGUUCCUUGUGCUAAUACGCUUCUUACCCCUUCCACCAUUCUUCUCUGCCUCUCACCUUGUUGACUGCCUACAAACCUAGAGGUUCCUCCUUGUAGCUCUUUGGAGGCAGAGCAGCCUAUCCCAGAAAGUCCCAAACCUGUCCCACAGAGUUUGUGGAACUUCUCAGGGUUAGGAGCCACAGAGGCUAACUUUAAAAAGGCUAUGACCCCUGAGGUGUUUAGGCUCAAGCAAUCUGUAGUAUCGGUGCUGCCAAAAUGUUAUGGUUUUCUUGUAUUGCAUACGUCUAAAGCUUACAUAAAUUAGAAAAUGACAAUGAAACCUGAUGCAUUUUUAACAAAAUUUUGAGACACUUUCUCCACUUACAGUAAGGCAAGAUUUUUUUUCCUUUGAAUUCUGCAAAGUUUAUAGUUACACAUGCAAUGAAAAUAAUUUCCUUUACCUUUUAUUGGCAUUAGGAAAUACAAAUGAAACUUGAACAUGACUGACAUGUUUUGAUGCGAGUGAUCUGCAUUUUGAAGCAAAGUAAAGCCUAGAUCAUGCAAGUAGUUGAGUUAUUUCAACUUCUGUUAACUUCAGUGAAAGAGUAAGUUGGCCACCGCCUUGCUUGCAGAUCCUUGCAUAACUAGGUAGUUAAAACAUGAGAGAGCUUUGAAUUUAGAGAGGAUUUCACUUAAAAUGCCUGAAACAUCCCCUUUGCUUUCCAAUUUGCAUGAAGCAUUCUGUUUUAACAAAUUAUGAUGCCAGAGAAGUAAGGUUGAUGAGGGGCAAUCCAGCAUCUAUUUAGGAUCUAAACAGAUCUUUCUCUCACUGCGUAGAUUUUUAAGAACCAGGUCAUUUUAAGUUUACAAGACAAAGCUAAUAAAUAUAAUGAAUUAACACAUUUGAAGAAUCCGUUAACAUCUGAAGUACGUGUUAAAAAAAAUUCUGCACAGUUGUGCCUAUACAUAUAUCUCCAAAUCUAUUUUAAUACCAAGGCAUUUUAAUACCUAUCCACAGUCUUAAAUUGCAUGUGUAGAAAUGUUUACCCAGAAUUUCAUAUUUUAUUAAUUUAAAAAUACUAUAUAACAUGUACUUGCUUAGGGAAGCAAUACCAAAAUAAGCAUUUCCUGUUUUUCUUCCCAGAGUACAGUUUUACAGCCUUAACAAUUCAGCUGGGUUUAACUGUUGUGUUCUCCCAUCUAUUCUGGUUUGCUGUUGCUGCAACAUCUUUCUGUGACUUGCACGUGGAGUUGUACUCGUGGCUGUAGUUUUGAGAUAUGUGACAGCUAGUACAUCCCUGUACUAAAUCUGUGUGCCUGGAAGUACUUUUCUAAACUACCAUUUUGUAUUUCUCUGAGUUGGCUCUUAGUCUCUUUUCUAAGAAAAUACUAUAAAUAAUUGGGGUAAAAUCUUGGAAUCCUUGAAUGGAGAAAGUCUUAUAGACAUCAGUAAAGCCAGGACUUCUCCUCUGGUCUGUUAAUUACAUUGCAUAGGUUUCAGAACAAUAUUGUUGUUUGUAAAUUGUUCUGUGUAAGCUGCAAUAAACAGAUCUUACAAAGGAAACUAUGGCGAAGGGCAAUUGGUUGGAAUACACACAACUUUACCAAGUGCUUUUAAACUGUUGUAUAAAUAAUGCAAAUUGAAUUUUUGCAUCAGGGCCACUGUUAAAUGGUUUAAUGUGUUAAGUGCUCUGAUUAUUCAGUGCUUAAUAUACAUUGUGUGCAUAAUCUAAAAUUCAGGAUGUUCAAGUUAGCUAUGGAGACCACUGUUCUUGUGGCAGUUUUUUCAGUAUGUGCCUCAAUGAAGCAAGCAAAAGAACAUUAUUCGAAAACACUUUUCAUAACUUAUUUGGUGAAAGCUUUAUAUUUCACUUGAUUUCUUUCAAGCUUAGUGGUGUAAUAGGUGACUUUACUGUAUAAAGCUGUAAUAAAUCUAAGUUGA